AUGUCGAAAGAAACAGCGUCUAUGAGAGAAAUACAACACAACCGACAACUCAUUAUACAAGCUCUAAAUAAGAACACAACAAACUUUUCAAACUAUUCUAAGAUAUCUGAGUCAUUGAAAGAAGGAAACUUAAAACUGACAUUAAACCCAAUGACAGAUGAGUUUCUAUUUCAAGACAAGAAGAACAAUACUGUCUGUAUAAAUCCAACAAAAGGAACUUUAAACGAGAAACCUAUAAAAGAACUUCUUUUGAAAGCAGAUGUUGACAACAAAGCUGACAAAGAGUAUGUCAUUGAAAAAGUUCAAGAAGAACAUGACAGAGCAGAUGCAACAUAUGCAACGAAAGAGGAUGUUGAAAAGAAAGCAGAUAAAACAUAUGUUAACGAUGAGUUAGCAUGUGUGGCUAGUGCGUUAGUGAAGAAGGCAGAUAAGGAAUAUGUGGAUGAAAAAGAAAAUGAAAUUAAAGAAAGGGUUGAAUGGUAUAAUGAAAGGACAACAAAGAUUUUAAAAACUAAAGCUGAUACAGGAUGGGUUUCAGGAUGUUUAGACCUUAAAGCGGAUAAGAACCAUACACAUACAAGUUUUACAACUUUUACAGCAGAUGAUAUAAUAUUGAACUUUGACCUUGGUUCAAGUGCACCUUCAGAGAAUCCGAGUACAAGCGUAAAAGAUACUCUUAACAAUUUAGAUAACAGUUGCAGGAAUAUCGAAGAGCAUGCCAGAAACUUUGAAGCAUAUGAACUACCAACAAUGUUAGAUAAGAAAGCUGACAAAACAGAGCUUCAAACAUUAAAGACAGAAAUACUUCAAACAUUAUAUCCUAUAGGUUCUAUUUAUACGUCAAUGAACUCUACCAGACCAGAAGUAGUACUUGGUUUUGGAACUUGGACUCAAAUAGUCGACAGGUUUUUGUAUUGUGCAAACUCUUCAAAGGAAACAGGUGGAAGUAAAACGAUUUCAGGUGCAAAUUUACCUGCGCACAGUCACUACGUAAGUUUAACUACAUCUCGAGAAGGUGGGCAUAGGCAUAAAUAUUGGGAUUGGUCAGGAAUGACAAAAGGUAAAGGAUAUGAUGUUAAAAACAACGUUCAGUUUGCUAUAAAUUGUUUCCUGAGUAACACUGAGGUAGGAGGAGACCAUACACAUUUCGUUUCAGGGUAUACGCAAACAACGGGACAAAGUAAAGACUACAUGCCACCUUACAUGACAGUUUACGCAUGGUAUAGAAAUGCUUAG